CCCCACAUCUACCUCUAUCCUCCUGUUCUCAUCUCCCCUCCCACCUCUCUCCAUCCCGCCUCUCUCUCAUCUGCCCCCGUCAUCCCCUCUCAUCUCCCGCUCUCAUCCCUCUCCACCCCUCUUUCUCCAUCCCUCUCGUCCUCUCGUCCUCUUUCUCAUUCUAUCAAUCCGAAUUGAACCGGGUCUCCGUUGGGAGGGAUUCCCACUGACCCGGGUCGGAGAUCAUUCCUGUGGACGCUGGGGGUGCGCGGACCGGGACCGGGAUGGUCAGUUAGGGGGCUGGUGUGUGGAAGCUAAACCACCCUCCGUGUCUCUCCGGAGCCGAAAGGCCCUUGGAUCCGCCAUCACCCACCCUAAGUCCCAUGGAAGGCAGGAAAUUACUCCCGGCCGGCCCCUUCCCCCCUCUCUUCCUCACGGCCACCCCCACGCCUACGUGCAGUCCGAUCAGAGAUUUACUUCGAACCUCGUUCCUUCCCAACAAGCUGAUCUGAAACUUCGCCCAUCGUUUUAUUUGUCCGGCGCACUUCGGAAUAUCGGGAGCUACGGUGAAGUGCGUCGUUUGCGUCAGCGAUCAGCCCCGGGGUGGGUGGGAGGGGGCAAUUGUCGCCGGCCUUCCGUCGCCAAAAUAGCGCAGCCACAGCUCAGUGACCCAGAACGCAGAGACAGACUCCUCGGGAGUUGAACCCCUGAGCGCCGUAAAGCGUUAGACGCUGGCCGCCGGAUAGUGUACCGUCCCGCCCUCUGUGAUGCCGUUUGUUUGUUGGGUAUAAUGUCUCCAGGAGAUGUGGGGGGUGGGGGGGACAGCAAGUUCUCAGUGUGUGUGUGUGUGUUCUCUUCCAGCUGAAUAAACAGUUGAGUUUGACUUCCCACCCUGCUCCCAGGCACCAAAGUGUUAAGGCUUUCUGUUUGACAUCUGUUAUUACUGCGGAGCUAAGCGGAGCCAGGUGGGGUGGUGGCACAGUUGGAGCUGUUUGGCAAACGCGCUGGAAUUCGGCGCUGCAGAGCCGGGGGGGGAGAGGAAGGAAUGAGAGAGCGGAGAAAGGGUACAGGGAUACGGGAAGGAACUGGGCCAGAGAGCGAGGGAGAGGCAACGGCAGCGGCAGGAGCGACACAGAGUGAAAUCUGAGCAGGGAGAGAGAGAGAGUCCAGACUCUUCCAAACACCCCAGAUGAAUUAACUCCUCUCACUCAGCUAAAUCCUCGCCGGGGAGAAAUCCAGGAAACAGCGAACGGCCUCUCAGUCCGCAACCGCCGGCCGGCCCGGACCCUGCCCCUCGCUGGCCGUGCACCAUGCUGCUGUUCCUGCCGCUCCUCGCCCUACUGCUGCCGGCGGCCGCGCCCCAGCAGGUCGACGAGGCCGUCACCCUCACGGAGUGUACCGACGGGUACGAGUGGGACCACCAGAAGCAACACUGUCGAGAUAUAAACGAGUGUGAAACCAUUCAGGACGCCUGCAAGGGGGCGAUGAAGUGCUUCAACCACUACGGCGGCUACCUCUGCCUCCCGCCCUCGGCCUCCAUCAUCUCCCAGGAGGUGACGCCAGACCAGCAGCCUGACGCGACGCGCUCGAGGGAGACCGGCCCCGACGACAGUGGGUGCCCUCAGGGUUACAGCCGCGAUGAGGAGGGCCAGUGUGUGGACGAGGACGAGUGCGAGCUGGACGUCCACAGCUGCCAGCCCAGCCAGCAGUGCGUGAACACGGCCGGUGGCUACGACUGCCGGUGCCCGGACGGUUACCAGAAGGUGGGGACCGAGUGCAUCGACGUGGACGAGUGCAGGUUCCACCGCUGCCAGCAUCGCUGCGUCAACUCCCCCGGCUCCUACACGUGCCAGUGCCAGUCCGGCUUCACCCUGGGCCACGACAACCACUCCUGCGUGGACGUGGACGAGUGCAGCAUGGGCGCGCCCUGCCAGCAGAACUGCUUCAACACCUUCGGCUCCUUCAUGUGUCGCUGCGGACGGGGCUUCGAGCUCGGCGCCGACGGGCAGACCUGCCAGGACAUCGACGAGUGCAGCUAUUCGAACUACCUGUGUCACUACCAGUGCGUCAACGAGCUAGGCAGCUUCUCCUGCGUCUGUCCCAAAGGAUACCAGCUCCUCGGCACCAGGAUCUGUCAAGACGUGAACGAGUGUGAGACGGGCCAGCACCAGUGCGCCGAGGAGCAGUACUGCAUCAACGUGUAUGGGGGCUUCCGCUGCGUGCCGCGGGACCACUGCCAGGAGCCCUACGUUCAGGUGUCCGACAACCGCUGCCUUUGCCGGUCGUCGGACGCGGCGUGCGAGGACAAGCCGGCCUCCAUCGUCUUCCGCUACAUGAGCAUCACGUCGGAGCGCAGUGUCCCCUCCGACAUCUUCCAGAUCCAGGCCACCAGCAUCUACCCGGGCGCCUACAACACCUUCCGCAUCAAGGCCGGCAACGAGCAGGGGGAGUUCUACAUCAGGCAAAUCAACAACAUCAGCGCCAUGCUGGUGCUGGUCAAACAGGUGACAGGUCCGCAGGAGUUUGUCCUGGAUCUGGAGAUGGUGACCGUCAACCCGCUGAUGUCCUACCAGUCGAGCUCCGUGCUGAGGUUGACCAUAGAUGUGGGCGCAUAUUCCUUCUAGGGAGAGAGAGGGGUGAGGGAGCAAGCUCCCUCUUUAACAAGACUGUUUGUGACCUACGCUCUGAACCUUGUCCCUUGUAGUUCUUUCAUGGAUAAACUCUGCUGAAGUCAAAGUCAAAACGCUGUAAGUUUGAAGUUAAAAGCCGUGGAUGCUGGGAGUAAGAGGUGGCAGCCAUUGGGCCCGUCACGUGGCUGGUUUAUUAUCCCUCUCAACCCCAUUCUGCUGCCUUCUCCCUGUACCCUUUUGACACCCUGACUCAUCUCUUUAUUUGUGCCCUCUGCUCCCAGACUCCUCAAUGAAACAUCCCCUCAUGCCCACUCUAUCUAGGUCUUUCAAUAUUCCAUAGGUUCCAAUGAGACCUGUCCCCUCACGCCGUAGCUAAUCAGGAUUUACAGCACCAUUUUACUGAGCGGAGAGACUCACGAGCCCUUGUAUAUAGGGUCCAUUAUAUAUGGGGGCAGGGCAAGGGGGGCGUGUAGUCAGUGUAAUGCUACUAGAGCUCCAAUGAGCCGGGUUCAAAUGUCUGUAGAGAACGUGCACCUUCUCCUCGCAACCUCAUAGUUUUCCUCCUGGUACCUCGGUUUCCUCCCACAUCCCAGCCGUAUGGGUUAACUGGUCACAUGGGUGUAGACGGGCGGCGUGCUACCCCAAUUCCAUUUAAUUCUCUCCAAAUGUUAGUGUCGAUCGUGGAAACUGUUCAUGCUUAACGCCCUGAAACGUGGAUUUACUCAGCUCCCCGACCUGACCUGCUGACUUCCUCCGGCGUUUUGUGGGAUUUCCAGCAUCUGCAGAACCUUUCGUGAUUACCAUAUAACAAUUACAGCACGGAAACAGGCCAUCUCGGCCCUUCUAGUCCGUGCCGAACACUUACUCUCACCUAGUCCCACCGACCUGCACUCAGCCCAUAACCCUCCAUUCCUUUCCUGCCCAUAUACCUGUCCAAUUUUACUUUAAAUGACAACACCGAACCUGCCUCUACCACUUCUACUGGAAGCUCGUUCCACACAGCUACCACUCUGAGUAAAGAAAUUCCCCCUCAUGUUACCCCUAAACUUUUGCCCCCUAACUCUCAACUCAUGUCUUGUUUGAACCUCCCCUACUCUCAAUGGAAAAAGCCUAUCCACAUCAACUCUAUCUAUCCCCCUCAUAAUUUUAAAUACCUCUAUCAAAUCCCCCCUCAACCUUCUACGCUCCAAAGAAUAAAGACCUAACUUGUUCAAACUGUCCCUGUAACUUAGGUGCUGAAACCCAGGUAACAUUCUAGUAAAUCUCCUCUGUACUCUCUCUAUUUUGUUGACAUCUUUCCUAUAAUUCGGUGACCAGAACUGUACACAAUACUCCAAAUUCAGCCUCACCAAUGCCUUGAACAAUUUUAACAUUACAUCCCAACUCCUAUACUCAUUGCUCUGAUUUAUAAAGGCCAGCAUACCAAAAGCUUUCUUCACCACCCUAUCCACAUGAGAUUCCACCUUCAGGGAACUAUGCACCAUUACUCCUAGAUCACUCUGUUCUACUGCCCUACCAUUUACCAUGUAUGUCCUAUUUGGAUUAUUCCUACCAAAAUGUAGCACCUCACACUUAUCAGCAUUAAACUUCAUUAACAUUACAGUUAAUGUUUUUGUUCCGAGGCCUCGCUUAACGAUGGAACUUGGAAUAGUUCUCCCUCCCGACCUGCCGAGACGUGUUUCAGAUUUUACCUCGGGAAGAUCCACAGGCAGGGAACCUUCGCCCUUACUCCCCAGGCUCGAAGGAAAGCAGGUCACAGGCCCGUCCACGCACUGAACCUUUAUUUUGUUUCCUUUUAAAACAGUUCAAUAGCACCAGGCUCUGCUUCACUGCCUCAGCCCCGGGCCGGGUCCAGAAACGUCCCAACUUGCUCAUGGGGGACAAAUUUCCGACAGGGCCAGGGGUGAGGGUGGGGGGGGAGGGGGGAAGAAUGCCAGCGCAGAGCACACUGCCACUUCUAUAAAAUCUCACGCACAAAGCACAGACGUCACAAACAACGCACGGUAAAUGUACCUCACGCACAAUCCACGGGACCACAUCACAGACGGGGCGACAAAGACCUCAUAAUGAUUUCUGAAUACAUUAAACACUUAACACGAACAGCAACAAGCACUAACUUUGUAAAUGCAAACACAUCAUGUAGAAUAAAGCUACAGUUCCUGGUCUCCGGGCCCAGGCGGUGGUCAGCCUGGCUCUACUUCUCCCACCCUGCAACGAAGAGAGGUGGGAUUGCACCUGCUCUCCCGGAACAGGAGCACUGCACGCCCUGGGUAACUUUUCCUUGGGAGAGAAGAGCAGGUUAAUUCGUAACAAGGACCACGUGAUGGCAAGGGCUGGGGAUUGGAGAGUCAGAAACUUUGAAAACAGACAGAGGGACAAAGAGAGAGAGAGGAGACAGAGAGAGAGAGGAGACAGAGAGAGAGAGAGCAAGAGGGAGAAGGAGAGGGAGUGAGAGAAAGACGGAGAGGCAGAGAGAAACGGAGAAAGAGAGGGAGAGUGCGGAGGGGGGAAGGGGAGAAAGGGAGAGAGGGAUGAAGGAGAAGGAGAGAGGAAGAGAAAGAGGGAGAAAGGGGGAGGGAGACUGGAGAGAGGGAGGAAAGGGGAGAAAAGGAGAGAGACAGAAGGGAAAAGGGAUGAAAGAGAUUGAUAGAGACAUCUGACAGAUGGUUCCUGAGGGGAGAGAAUGGUAACUUGGGUUGGUUGCGUAUAAAACCAGCACCGGCGUUGAUGGCUGUGUGAGUGUAAGGAUAGCAUUGUGGUUCAGAAUGACGCCUUUAUCGGCUGCCAUUCAGAAUCAAAGCCUCCAUUUACUCUAAAAAUCUGGUCCGCGCCCAAAAUGACGCAAAGACCUUCCAUUUAACUCAUGAUAUUUUGCUUAAAAAAACAUUUUUUGCUCCACCCCACUGGGGAAAACAGUGGGCUGGAUCUGUCUCUAAAAACAAGGUGUCGUGACACUUCGCAGCUAAAAUCUGCGACCGAGUCUCCAGCUCCUUCAGGGGCGGUUUGGUGCCCGACUCCGGGUCAAGGCAACGUCUUGAGAAAGAGGAUGAGAGGCAACACGUCUGUAGAUCCUGCUCACCAGGAGUUCACCGGCUUCCCUCUGGGAAAUGGCUGGGGAUGGGGGAGAGGGUAGGGGCAAUAGGCCGAGAACUUGGUUCCAUUUGAUAGCAGCUCCUCGGGGUGGGUGGGGGGGGGGUCUCCCUCGACGGGUGACAGUCGGGUCCCUCCGGCAGGCCUCACAGCAGUUGCUGGCAAUGAUUCAGCAGAGAGGCCCCUCCGUGCAGUACAGCUGUGACACGGUCUUGCUCAGAGCUGGGCCCAGGUUCCUGUAGUGGGGGAGAAGGGCAGGGAGUGGCUUUACCACCGUACAGAUCGUACCCCAACCCCCACGUCACUCUCACUUAGCGGGCAGGGUGGGCAUUGUAGGGAGAGGGAGGCUGAGGGGUUUACCCCGAUCAGGGUGGAUUGACCUUCCCGCAGAACAGCCAGGCCCACCCUCUUCCCCCAACCCCGCCCCUCUUACACAUCCCUCCCUAAACAUCCAUGCCAGACCCCAAAACCCAAUCACUGAGCUUUGGGCCGCUGUAGAGGGGGGCAGAUCGGGCAGCCGGGGGUGUGAGACCCCAUGGGCAGUGUGGUCACUAUGAUCGAGGGUACUCACCGCUGGGUGCUGCCACACUUGAUGUUAGAAAGUAACUUCUCCCGCCCCACUGCGGUUGGACAUGCCUCAUAGGCUUUCAUCAGGCUGUCAAUCAGAAGCAGAGUGUCAGUGAGUCCACCAAUGGAAAGCUCAGAUUACAGUCAUGCAACCAAUCAGAAACACUUGGCCCUGAGGCGCCUGGACAGCUCAGUCCACUGCAGCAAGUUACAACAUGGGGGACUGUUCAGCCCUUCCAGUCCAUGCCAGCUCCCAACGGGGAAAUCCCAUCAGUCCUGAUCUCCCGCUGCCAACAGCAUCUCAAACCACCGCUGCCUCUUCUUGCAACUUCGAACAUACAACAGUACAGCACAGGAACAGACCCUUCGGCCCACAAUGUCUGUACUGAACAUGGUGUGGGAUUAAACUAUGGAGGGAAUGGACAGUCAGCAAUUCAAAUGGAGAGUCUACAGCAGGGAUACUUAACCAUGAAUUUGGAUGGGAAAAAUAUUUUGACUUUAUUUUCACUAACCUCUAACUGAAAUUUAGCAUUUCCUUCGAUUAUGAACAUAGGCAACGAGCCCGUGUAGCAUUAGCAGUGCCUGUGACUUCGUCACGAAUAGAAAUCACAGCUACUUUCAUACCACGUUACAAUUGUUACAAAUAUCGUUUACAGCCACUACUUCAAAAUUACCGUCAUUAUUAGUCCUGCCGCUCGAUUGAGUAUGAUCAGUCUCUGCAACGCAGCUGGCCACCUCUCAGGCAGCCCUGUAUCGGACGUCCCACACGGUGUGUGUGGCUUCGUCAAAGAACAGCCCACAGUUUAAUGUUCUUAUUCAAGCUAAGCGACAACUGAAAUGUCUCGUUAUUUAAUGGGUUAAUAAAGUAUUAUAUCACGA